AAUAAAACGUCAAAUGUUUCACGCAAGGUCAUAAGUUACAGCUCUGCUAUUUUCUAAACAACCGUUCCUGAUUUCCAGCUGUGAUGGCGAAAAUCCAGAAAUCUCAGCAUCUUCCAGCAGAGGAAAAGCUCAAGUAUCAAUAGUGAAGAUUUGUGUGAUUUUGCUCCUGUUCCAUAUUCACGCCUAGUGCCACUCUGUCAGUGCUCACUGCACCUACGAAGUUUUGACGUUUCCAAAUGUUAUAAUUUAUAAUAGAUGAAAAAGUGUUUUCUGCAUAAAAAAUUCUCCGUUUUUUUCUAGGUAAGUAAAAAUUGCUCGUUAAUACUUCGAGUCUGCUAUUCUAUUAUGUAGUUUACUCGAAACAGGACUAUUUUUAUAAUACUGUAAACAAUCAUGAGUGUGUUUGUAUUGAAGAAGGCAAUGGUUGUUGUAAGUGGCAGCUGGAUGAAAAAUGUCACUUCGUACCCUGCGCCACCCGCCGUCAACGUCACCAGCUCGAACCAGGAGGUCAUGAGCGGUUCGGUGGUGCUGCACAACGACAUGGCCGCUAGAGCGGUGCUCAUCAGCCGUUUCAACUCGCACCCGUUCCAAGAACGACUGCUCACGCUCGAUCAGCCUGUCAAAGUCGGUCGAUCCGUGGCUCGCGCAAACCCACUGCCAACAACGCCAUCUUUGACUGCAAGGUCCUGUCUAGGAACCAUGCGCUGUUGUGGUAUGAUAAUGGAAAGUUCUUCCUUCAGGACACCAAAAGCAGCAACGGCACAUUUGUUAAUAACAAAAGACUGUCUGCUGAGACAGACACUCAUCAGUUAUUUUCUGGCGAUGUAGUGCAAUUUGGAGUGGAUGUAGUGGAGAACAACCGAAAAGUUACUCAUGGUUGUAUAAUAGCUACUAUCAAACUUUAUCUUCCAGAUGGUAAAGAGGCCAAGGCAUUAGGUAAACAAGAAGCCAACCAACGGGAGCAAUGUCUGGAAAGCAAACUCAGCGCUUUACAGCACGUAGUAGACGAGACCAGGAAAUCUGCAGAGGAAAGUUGGCGAACGUACGUGGGAGAAGAGCGGCUGUUGUCGAGGGUGUCCGCACUGGAAAACCAACUUCAGCAAGCUGGAAAGCAGUGGACAGAGGAGAAGGUUAAGGAGGAACUAGGAAAGCUGCAGGCGGAUAAUGAAUCAUACCAAAUAGCAGCAAAAGAAGCGUUGGAGAAACUACAUGCAGAAAAAUUGGAAGCUUUGGCGCUGGCAACUGAGCAGGAAAGGGCGAAAGCUACUGCUGAACAAGAAGCACGUAUAGCCAAAGAAGAAGUCGAACAAAUCAAUUCAGAAUUAGAGUCACUCGCUAGGAAGUUGUUUAUAUGUCAAGUGGAAUCGGAAGAGCAACGAAUAAAAUGGGAGAAACGAGAAGAGGAGUUAGAAAGUAAGCUAGAAGCUGAAACUAUGAAACUCGCCGAUUUGCAGUUGCAAUUACAUGAGUUGAACGCGCUCUCUCUACCGGAAUUCCAGAAUCUCGCACUUAUGGAACAUCCUGGAGGUAAACAUAUCUAUAAGGAAGACUCGAAAUGUAAAGAAGACAUAUUGGCCGAAAACGACCUUUCAGAAGAAGCCUUGAACAAGUCAAAUGGAAUUGACAACCACAUCAGUCUAACAGUGAUGCCGGUUGAAGAAAAUCCUGAAUUUGCUAAUCAUGAUGAUACAAAAUCCAGUAUAACGACAAUAGGCAUUUCUGAAACUACAAAAAGAGUGUCGAUAAAGCUUCCAGAGGCUGAGCUUAUUAGAGAAGAGCAGAAAAACGACCAAGAAGAUUCCGAAAUGAGCGAAAAAGAGAAAUAUACCGAGAAAUCGGACACGAGUCGAUCGAACGAUAACGAAGAAGAGGAGGAGGAUGACCAAGUGGACUCGAAGACGCUCAAAUGCCAGUUCCAGUCGAUGCAGGCGGAACUGAAAAGACGCAUCGAGGCGCUCGAGUCCAUUCUAACUACGAAGGAGUCGUACAUGACCGAGUUAAGCCGAUGUCUGGCUGAGGAGAAGGAGCUGUCACUGCAGAGACGGGUGGAGGCUGAGCAGUUGAAGCAGGAGUUGGAGCAGCAGACGAAGGAAAUCUGUAAUGAGAGCCAGCAGUACAAAGAUAAAAUUGAUCUGUUAACUAAAGAACUGGAGUCCGCCCAGACAAAACUGAAAGAAGUGGAUGAAAACGUAAAAGAGAAAGAACUAGACACCAGCAAAUCUUCAACAGUAACCUACGAAGAGUUGAUUAGCGUGGAAGAGGAAUUGGUGUUGAUAAAGGAACGUUUCGCCCAGAUCACCGAGGAAAAAUUGAAGCUACAACGCGACCUGGUAUCCAUGACCGAGCAGUACCGCAUGGUGUGCAACAGCAGCCACAACAAGUACUUUUUUUACGUAGCUCCGCUGGUAUUUAUGGUGCUGUACCUACUGAUCAGCGCGAUGAUUUCCUGAUUAACGGCCGUACUGUUGUUGUUCUUUUAUUUCUUUAUUGAGUUUUUGUUGAAGAUUAUAAACAGGACAUAACGAAAUCGAGUGGCGUUUGACUACAGUGGGUGGUUUGAUGUCACUUAUACGGUGCAACAGUUUCUGGGUCAUCUUUUGUAGCGGAAAAAACUGUUUUUUUUUUCUGUUCGCCAGUGCCGUGGCUUGUUUCUAUGAAAAUAUUUAUUUUGGAUGAAUAAAACGUAGGCGAUCUUUUUUGUAUUGAAAUGUCUUGCUGCACUGUAUUACCAGCUCAUUUGGAGGAGCUAAGGAUCCUGUGUGGAUAGAAUCUCUAUUUCAGUGACGUAUGAACUAGAAAUAGCAAAAAUCUCAAGGCCUUUAGUACAUAAUUUUUUGUCCUUAAAGCUCAACAGUAUCAGACAACUUGAACGGGGUUUAAUUUGGGGCUUCAAUCUGCAAUGCUAUCUAAAGUUACUGAGUGUACAUAGUAUAAAAAAGUUUGAAAUGUACUGCAUAGUAUAUGAUGGUUUAUAAGCAUAUUGGUUCCCUUUAUCAAAGUUAUAAUGUAUAUCGGUGAUUUGAAACACACUGAGCCACAUAUACCUUAGUACAAAGUGGUUCCCGUUUUUUAGCUUUCUGAAAUCCUAGAAAAAUACAAAACUCACGCGAUAAACCAUCGCUUGUUUGGUGAUAAAGAACAACCCCUUUGUUCUCUUAUUUUAAUAAUUUAUUCGAUGUAUAAUCUCAAGUAGUUUCCCAGUUAUCAGAAGAUCGCGUUCAUGUUAUAUAUACAUGUUGGUUUACUGAAUUGUUCGAUUUUCCACUGCUGGGAACCAUGGAAUUUAAAUCAGUGAAAAACCUCCUGCACUUCUAGUCUUUCUCACGGUAUGUUACACAAAGAGAUGCAACGACAAGUCUCUCCUCAAUAACCCAAAAUAUUAGAUCAAAAUAUUUACUCAAUAACUAAAUGCAAAUUGUUAUUUUUCUAUACAUUUUCGUGCCGUUGUCUUGUAUUCAUAUAGUAGUAGUCAGUUUACUAGACGUAAUUUGGUUUCACUGUACCAUGUGGCUUUUCUGAAAAUUCACGGGGAAGAUAUGGCAACUGAGCAAAUUCAAAAUAUUGCAAAAAUUAAAAUAACAUAUACAUACAUAUAAUGGUAGAAAAUAAAACACUAGUCGUCGUACACAGUCUUCUUAGAGAUGCAAGGUUAUGACGCAUCGGUUUAGUUUUAAUAAGUUAUGAACAGAAAGAACAUGUAAGUCUAUUGCUUAUUAUUUCUUUUUAUGCCUGUCAUUAUAUCGGAUGCACUGUUCUACAUAUAUAGAAGCCUUGAUGUUUCUCAGCUCAGUAGAGCAAAAAUCUGGGUUGAAAACAAACAAAUUACCAACCAUCAAUGUGGCAAUUUUCAGCAAAUUUGUUCUUGCUGCUUUUACUAAUCCAACGAUUAUGAUUGUUUUUGUCAGUAACAUGAGAAAACGACAACUACUUACGCUGAUUAGGAGUUUCUUAGAAAUAAAUAUUGAAAGAAGAUACGCUGCUCCACGAGUGGCAUACGGAUGACGUUUCAGAGUUUACAAUGUGUAUGACGUCACAUCAUGGCCGAUAGUGUUUCCAUCGUUUCACAUUAAAAAUGAAAAAUAUAUUUUUUUUUAAAUUGAACAUAUAUCCAACUUGCGCGUUUAAUAAUUGAAAUCGAUAUAUUUCUUUUUCCUAAACAUAAUACUGUAAAAAAUACUUAUUUAUUUUAUGAAAUUAGAUAUUAGUCAAGUAGCAUUUUCUAUCAAUCAUGCUAAAUAAAUCCUGAAAAAAAACAAAAUUACAAUCAAGCAGUUGUCAAACUUGACAACUAUAUAAGUACGAAAGGCACGAACCUGUAUUAGAAAUGAGCGUGAGAUAUACGUGGCUCAAUGUGUAUACGACUUCGACUUCAGUUGCCUUGCUUUCUUGUUCCCACCAAUCAACUGCCAGUUAUUAAUAAGAAGGCGGAAUAUAGAUAGACUCUUUUGGUUUCCCAAUACUUAACAAAUACAUGUGCAAUAAAAAAUCUGCGGCCUUGCGAACAUAUUUCUUGAAUCUCUUAAUCACUCGGGAAAGUAUUCAAUAUCGCUACUGCAUCAUUUGAAAAACAAAACAGAAACGGAACAGUGGUACUUCUAACCGAUUAUCAAUUAUUUUUUGAGGAUACGACCGAACGUUAGCUGAAGUGUCAUAAUGUCAUCCACGUACGACUAUGACAUCUGUCGUCAACUGGUAGGCAACUGUAAACCGACUAGCCACAGUAAUACCAACAGCCAUGGAGCAACUGGAGGCGUCGCCGCUUUUCUGUGUGAACGGUUGUAUUUGAAUACGUCUAUCUAGUCGUGUUGCGGUCGAGAUGUAGUUGCCAGAUGCUUUCGGUGAGAACAAUCCCAUAGGGGGACAUAGCCCCCCCCUCCCCCCCCCCGUUUAAUAAUAGUUAUAUAAAAGCAUUAUGUCGCAGUGAUUUUACUUGUUAUUCUAUAAAUGACAAUGUCAAAAUUGCAGAUUCUCACUGAUUAGGUUGAAUGUAAAAUUCCUACUAAACUUUUUACAACCCCCGACUGAAGAUACACUUGCACAAUAUUUUCAUUUCACAUGAUCCAUAUUUUACUUUUAGAAAUCAUUACAAUAACUAAUAAAACUGGCCUACGACUAAAUGUAAUUCACUAUGCAAUGACAAUACAGUCUAAACAUAAAUAUUAUAAAGCCUAGAUAGAACUCGCUGAACCCCAUUUGCAACAAGUUUCCAAUGGUUGCAAUUGAUUUCAUGUAAUAGAUCACUAGAUCAUCAGCUACACACAUACUAUCAUUUCUUUAAUGCGCCCGUUUGAAAAGCUUGAUGGUAAUGGACGUGAAUAGACUCACUAAUAAGGUGUCUUGUAUCCUAAUAAAACAUUCGGAUGGCUAGCGGUAACGUUGCGACUAUAUAUAUGUUUCUACUUUUUAUACUGUUGUAACUUUUGUAAAAUUUUUCGACGCCUAAAAAAGUUAAGUAUCCAAUAUACACAAGAGACAAGACGCACAAAUAGCAAAUACCUUGUAAUCAGUAUGCUUAUAUUCAUUUGUACGAAGCAUUAGUUCAUUUGUAUUAUAUUAUGUCAUAAUACACAUAUUUAUAUCGAAUUAGAGAGUUGGACAGCGCGUUUUUGUUAUACGGAAUGAUCAUAGGUUAAUCAUUAGUUGGAUAUUUGAUAGCUUUUCAGUCAUGCUGGUAUUUUUACGUUUCAAAGUUAUCAGGCGGUUGGAAAAUAACAUAUCCGGGUACAGUUUUGAGUGCCUGUUGCCGUUCCUUCUGAAUAAGAUAGGGUGUAUGAAUUUAUAAAUAAAAGGUUUAGUUUUUCAUCUAUCAAGAUCGAAAAUACAUCUAAAUUUUAUUAUUUGAAUUGAUCUCAGUUUUCAUUGUAUAAUCUGAUUUGAAAAUACUGAUAUACGAUAAAAGAAUUUUUAUUUUGAAUGUAGUAGUAAAACUCAUUAUUCCACCAUCUCGUAAAGAUGCACCUGCAACAUUCACAAAAAUUGUUGAGAAUUUAGCAAUAUUAAUGACACAUCAUAGAUAGAUCGCAUAUACAGUGUGAGAUUUUAGUGUGGGCUCAGUAGAUAACUGCAUUAUUACGCAUGGUAUCUAAAAAAAGUUAAACAAAAUUUGUAAACAGUAUACUUUGAAAAUAUUUUUUUUUGUACAGAGUGGUCCACGUGGUGACCCAAACAUACAUUUUUUUAAAUUUUAUUGCAGAUUCGGAUAGGCGCUACCAAAGGAAGCAAUUCAAUGUGACAUACCAUAUGGUUUUAUUCCUAAAUUGUUGAGAUAUUGGCCAAGACUUUGAUAACUCGCAUCUCCGCUAGACAGCUAGACUAAUGGAUUUUUUAUUAGAAGAAUUUCAUGCUUCCAAAUUUUCUUCCUGUGCACUUACUGUUCUAGUUUUUCCAUAGACUAUACAGCGGUUUUAAGAACGCAAAUUGAACGAUUUCUCCAAAUGUUCAUAUGGGACACCCUGCAUAUGUUCACACUUUUUGAUUUGCUUUUUCACAUGCUUUUUUUCUGGUAUAGGGUUUAAAGGAGUUUGUAAGAAUGCUUUUGAGUUAUAGUUAACAUUUUUGUAAAUCGGAUAUCAAGGUAAAUGAAAAAUAAAAAUACCUUAUAUCGGGAAAAGGCCCGUGAAAGGAGGAAUAAAAAUUGUGAACAUUUACAGGGUGUUCCGUUUGAAAACGUUCGUAACAAAAAAAUUGUUAAAGUAAGAUAUGGAGAAAAUAUAGGUCUAAAAAUUAUUCUGACGAAAAAUUAAAAUGUCUAGUUAUUACAGCUGUGGAGGUGUGAGUUUUUUUGGUAGAUUUGACAAUAAAAUAUGUUUGGAAUGGCCUAUCCGAAUCUGCAAUAAAAUGUAGGUCUUUCCAUUUAAAAAAAAAUACGUUUGAGUCAUCACGUAAUUAUGGAUCACCCUGUAGAAAUAAAUAUAUUUUCCAAAUAAGGAGGAUACUGUCGGCUACAAUUUUCGUAAAUAACUUUUCUGGAUACGAAGCGUAAUAACGUUAAGUUAUCGCCCGAGCCCAAUUACGUUUGAUUCUUGGCACGUAUGACCGUCAUAGAAGCCGGCAUAUUAAGGAUUAUCCAAAGAUCCAAAUCGUUUAAGGUUUAGCGGACAUCAGUGUGAAAUUUUUGACAUUACCCAGAACCAUUACAGUUUAAACUUGGUUGACUGAAGUUACCCGGGGGCCACUGUAGCUUCUCAUUCAUUACAUCAUAUAAAAUAUUUAAGGUAAAAUUAUAUACACACUAUUCAUAGGGCAUGCUUGAUUCGUCCUUUGUAUAAAAUUUUAUAUGUUCAUACGCAUUAUGAUGAUAUUAAAUAAAUUGUAGACAUAAGUUAUUGCGACUGAUAUUUUUAAAAUUAAUGGUUGAACAGCAAUUCUGGUAAACAAUCUAUAUGUUCAAGUUAUGAUAAAAGUACAACUAGUGUACAAUAAUUGCAAAUCGUACUAAAUAAACGACAGAUAUAAAUGCCAAAAUACUGUGUACCUAAAAAAGUUAAAACGAUCUCGUUUUUAAAAAAAUCUUUUAUGAUAAGUAUUUAGCCUGUCGCAAGGAUAACUAAAACAAGAUCUUUAUUAUUAUGAAAAACGAUAUGUUUGUUCUGUUCAGUGAUAUUUUUCGCCCAACAAAACUGAGCCCCAAAUCUCAAGUUGACCUUCAAGUUACUUUCUGGAACAAUGACGUAUUAUGCUAGCUUUUUUGAGAACUAUAUUUUUUUAAUUAACUCGAUAUACUUGUCAUAUCUUACGUCUGAUUAAGUACGCGUAUUUUCUUGGAAAUCGUAUGCUCAGUUUAUAGUAAAACAUGGUAGAUACAUUAUAACACUUCUAUCGAAAAUAUUUUAAAGAUUUAAUGAACAAAAUGCCAUAAUGUACGAAGUUAUAUUUAUGCUAACAAUGUAGAGUACAUGUGUAUAGCGUAUUUAGAAUUGAGAUAUAACAUUUUGUGAUUCGUCGUAUUGGAAAAAGAGAAAUAAUUGAUUAUUUUAACGUUAUCUGUUCGUGAAUUCUACAUUUCAGGUACAAUAAGCUGAAAUUGGAAUGUUUGAAGAGCAGACUACUCUGUAGUGAGAAUUUAUUGAUUGUAUUUUAUGUUAGAACAGAUAGUUUAAUAUAUUCUUUUUCUGUUUAUAGCCAUUUCUGUAUAUAUUACGAUUAUGUAUUUAAAUAAAUAUUAUGGAACACUAGAAUGCAUUGCAUUUUAUUCAUCAGUUUUUGAAGCAGUGUGCUUGUUGUAGAGUAAUGAGUAGAGUCCUGGAGUCUAAUAUAAAAUAUUAUUCUCAAGGGUAAUCAUCCA